AUGGGCAAGAAGCGCCGUGCUGGAUCUCAAAUUUCAUUUGAAACAGAUUAUCGACAAAUAAGCCAGAAACAACUGGAGCCUAAAGUUAAAGUUGAGAGAUUAAAAUUGCCAACUUAUAGUGGAGAAGUGAUUAAUCUGUUCGUCUUUAUUGGACAGACAUAG